UUACCUCUCUUUGGAAAUACUGGCUAAAGGCUGCUCUCUUGGGGUGGGGACCCAGCCCUCUCCCUCCCAAGUCCCUUUUCCUUCAGCUAAGCUGGGGAGAGAAACCCUGCUCUGGUUGGCAAACAGGCUGUGUUCUUUUCCUGCCGCGAAGCCAGGCAGCUCCUUGCCCCUGGAAUGCCCUGUUCUUUCUUCCCAGCCCCUCACUUCCUCUGGUUUUUCCCAUUUGUGUUACAGGUUGUCUCUUACCCCCACCCAGUUCGGGAGGGAGGUGUUCUUAGGGGCCCUAUGCCUGUGGCUCUCCAGGAUUGGGCACUGAGCAGAGUCUGGAAAAUGUCAAGUGACUGAUCCAGUCAGAGCCUCCAGGGGGUUUCUGGGCUCCGGCAGCUCCUCUGCCGCCCCCCUCCCCUCCUUUGGGGGAAGGAGAGACUGGUGUUUGGGUGGGUGGCCUCUUGGAGAACAGAGGUAAAUGGGAGUGGACAUGAACUUCCUGCUGCCUCAUUCCCCUGAGCCGGAGGGAGGGGUCUGAGCUGCUGGGUCUGUUCGGGGAGGGAGGGACGGCGGUGGGCCCGAAGGAGGUGAGCCGGAGCGGAGAAGAGGCUGGGGAGAAAGCCGUCCCCCUCCCCCGUGCGCUCCUGGCACGGGCACGGGUGGGGUCUGCCUCGGAGUUGUUGGUGUGCAAGACUGCUGCCUUUUAAAUGAUAACCAGCCCGAGUCAUGCAGUCUUUUCGAGAAAGGUGUGGUUUCCAUGGCAAACAACAGAACUACCAGCAGACCUCACAGGAGACAUCUCGCCUGGAGAAUUACAGGCAGCCAAGCCAGGCUGGGCUGAGCUGCGACCGGCAGCGGCUGCUGGCCAAGGAUUAUUAUAACCCGCAGCCGUACCCCGGCUACGAGGGCGGUGCUGGCACGCCUGCCAGCACUGCGCGGGGCAGCAAAGCCCUGCCCUCACAGCAGGGCCUGCAGGGGAGGCCGGCCUUCCCUGGCUACAGUGUCCAGGACAGCAGCCCCUACCCGGGCCGCUACUCAGGCGAAGAGAGCCUGCAGGCCUGGGGGGCCCCGCAGCCCCCACCGCCCCAGCCCCAGCCCCUGCCAGGAGGGGUGGGCAAAUAUGAUGAGAACUUGAUGAAAAAGACAGCAGUGCCCCCUGGCAGGCAGUAUCCAGAGCAGGGCGCCCAGCUGCCCUUUCGGACUCAUUCCCUGCAUGUCCAGCAACAGCUGCCGCAGCCCCAACAACCCCUGGCAUACCCCAAACUCCAAAGGCAGAAACUGCAGAACGACAUGGCUUCUCCUCUGCCCUUCCCCCAGGGCAGCCACUUCCCCCAGCAUUCCCAGUCUUUCCCCGCCUCCUCCACCUACUCCUCCACCGGCCAGGGUGGCGGGCAGGGAGCCCACUCCUAUAAGAGUUGCACGGCACCAUCUGCCCAACCCCAUGACAGGCCACUGACCGCCAAUGCUAGCCUGGCCCCGGGGCAGCGGGUCCAGAACCUUCACGCCUAUCAGUCUGGCCGCCUCGGCUAUGACCAGCAGAAGCAGCAGCAGCAGCAGCAGCAGCAACAACAGCAACAGCAGCAGCAGCAGCAGCAAGCCCUUCAGAGCCGGCACCAUGCCCAGGAAACCCUCCAUUACCAAAACCUCACCAAGUACCAACACUAUGGACAGCAGGGCCCGGGCUAUUGCCAGCCAGACACGGCGGUCAGGACUCCGGAACAGUACUACCAGACCUUCAGCCCCAGCUCCAGCCACUCGCCCGCACGCUCCGUGGGCCGCUCGCCUUCCUACAGCUCCACUCCCUCGCCGCUGAUGCCAAACCUGGAGAACUUCCCCUACAACCAGCAGCCGCUCAGCACGGGGACCUUCCCUGCCGCUGCCAGCAUCACAGACCACAGCCACUUCAUGCCCUUGCUCAACCCCUCCCCGACGGAUGCCACCAGCUCUGUGGACACUCAAGCCGGCAACUGCAAGCCCCUGCAGAAGGAUAAGCUCCCCGAGAAUCUGCUGUCUGACCUCAGCCUGCAGAGCCUCACAGCCCUGACAUCACAGGUGGAGAACAUCUCCAAUACAGUCCAGCAGCUGCUGCUCUCCAAGGCUACGGUGCCCCAGAAGAAGGGUGUCAAGAACCUGGUGUCCAGGACCCCGGAGCAGCACAAGAGCCAGCACUGCAGUCCCGAGGGCAGCGGCUACUCGGCGGAGCCCGCGGGCACCCCGCUGUCAGAGCCGCUGAGCAGCACGCCGCAGUCCACCCACGCGGAGCCGCCGGAGGCCGACUACCUGAGCGGCUCCGAGGACCCGCUGGAACGCAGCUUCCUCUACUGCAACCAGGCCCGCGGCAGCCCCGCCAGAGUCAAUAGCAACUCGAAGGCCAAGCCCGAGUCUGUGUCCACCUGUUCCGUGACCUCCCCCGACGACAUGUCCACCAAGUCUGACGACUCCUUCCAGAGCCUGCACGGCACCCUGCCUCUCGACACCUUCUCUAAGUUUGUGGCAGGAGAGCGGGACUGCCCGAGGCUCCUGCUCAGUGCCCUGGCUCAAGAGGAUCUGGCCUCCGAGAUCCUGGGGCUGCAAGAGGCCAUUGGCGAGAAAGCUGACAAGGCCUGGGCUGAGGCGCCCGGCCUGGCCAAGGACCCCAGCAAACCCCCCUUCUCUCUGGAGAACCACAGCGCCUGCCUGGACCCUGUGGCCAAGAGUGCAUGGCCGCGACCAGGGGAGCCGGAGGCCCUGCCCGAGUCCUUGCAGCUGGACAAGGGCGGCAACGCCAAGGACUUCAGCCCAGGGCUGUUUGAAGACCCUUCCGUUGGCUUUGCCGCCCCCGACCCCAAGAAGACCGCUGGUCCCCUCUCCUUCGGCACCAAGCCCUCCCUGGGGGCUGCCGCCUCAGAUCCUGCCGCAGCAGCUUUCGACUGCUUCCCGGACACGACCACCGCCAGCUCAGCAGACAGUGCCAACCCUUUUGCCUGGCCAGAGGAAAACCUGGGGGAUGCUUGUCCCCGGUGGGGGCUGCACCCCGGCGAGCUCACCAAGGGCCUGGAGUCAGGCGGGCAGGCCUCGGAUGGUGUCGGUAAGGAGACUGCCCAGGAAGCUUCAGCCUGCCUGGGCUUCCAGGAGGAGGAGCCCCCAGGGGAGAAGGCUGCUGUGCCCCGGGACUUCAAGCAGGAGGCGGCGGGCGGGGUGAAGGAGGAGGCGGGCGGGCUGCUGCAGUGCCCUGAGGUGGGCAAGGCCGACCGGUGGCUGGAGGACAGCCGGCACUGCUGCUCUGCAGACUUUGGGGACCUCCCGCUGCUGCCGCCCACGGGCAGGAAGGAGGACCUGGAGGCGGAGGAGGAGUACUCCUCCCUGUGUGAGCUCCUGGGCAGCCCUGAGCAGAGGCCCAGCAUGCAGGACCCACUGUCACCAAAGGCCCCGCUGAUGUGCACCAAGGAGGAGGUGGGGGAGGUGCUGGACCCCAAGGCUGGCUGGGGCUCCCCAUGCCACCUCUCCGGGGAGUCUGUCAUCUUGCUGGGCCCCACCGUGGGUGCUGAGUCGAAGGUACAGAGCUGGUUUGAAUCCUCCCUGUCCCACAUGAAGCCAGGGGAAGAAGGGCCCGAUGGGACCCUGGCUCCGGGGGAUUCUGCCACCCUGGCCCCUGACGCCACCCUGGCCCAGAAGCCGAACAAGCCCGCUGUGCCCGAGGCACCCAUUGCUAAGAAAGAACCUGUGCCACGUGGCAAAAGUUUACGUAGCCGGCGGGUGCACCGGGGGCUGCCCGAGGCUGAGGACUCCCCAUGCAGGGCACCGGCGCUGCCCAAAGACCUCCUGCUCCCCGAAUCCUGCACAGGGCCUCCCCAGGGACAAAUGGAGGGGGCGGGGGCCCCGGGCCGGGGGGCCUCGGAAGGGCUUCCCAGGAUGUGCACCCGCUCCUUCACUGCCCUGAGUGAGCCCCGCACGCCAGGUCCCCCAGGCUUGACCACCACCCCCGCCCCCCCAGAUAAACUGGGGGGCAAGCAGCGAGCCGCCUUCAAGUCGGGCAAGCGGGUAGGGAAGCCCUCACCCAAGGCUGCAUCCAGCCCCAGUAACCCAGCCGCCUUGCCUGUGGCCUCUGACAGCAGCCCCAUGGGCUCCAAGACCAAGGAGACAGACUCUCCGGGCACCCCUGGGAAAGACCAGCGCUCGAUGAUCCUUCGGUCCCGCACCAAAACCCAGGAGGUCUUCCACUCCAAGAGGAGGCGGCCCUCGGAGAGCCGGCUCCCUAACUGCCGUGCCGCCAAGAAACUCCUGGCCAACAACCACCUGCCCGCCGCUUUCAAGGUCUCUGGCAGCCCUCAGAAGGAGGGGAGGGCCAGCCAGCGGGUGAGGGUCCCCAAGCCCGGUGCAGGUGGCAAGCUCUCUGAUCGGCCCCUCCACACACUCAAAAGGAAGUCCGCCUUCAUGGCUCCAGUUCCCACCAAGAAGCGGAGCCUGGUCUUACGGAGCAGCAGCAUUGUGGGCGGCAGCAUGGGGGAUGUGAAGGAGGAGAGGGCCGAGGACUCCCCGCCCCUCUUCAAGAGACUGUCUUCUCCCAAGAAGGCCAAGCCUGCCAAGGGCAACGGUGAUCCCACCACAAAGUCGCUGCCCUCUGAGACGCCCGACGCCUGCCUCAAGCUGGCCUCCCGUGCGGCCUUCCCUGGGGCCAUGAAGACCAAGGUGCUGCCGCCCCGGAAGGGCCGGGGUCUGAAGCUGGAGGCCAUCGUGCAGAAGAUCACCUCGCCCAGCCUGAAGAAGUUUGCCUGCAAAGUGCCAGGGGCCCCGCCAGGUAAUCCUCUGAGCCCAUCCCUCCCUGAGAAGGACCGUGGGCUCAAGAGUGCUGGGAGCAGCCCGAUGGGAGCAGAAGAAGGUCUCUUAAACAUGGGUGCUGGGCAGAAGCUCCCGGCAGCUUCAGGGGUCGACCCGUUGUGCAGAAAUCCGACCAACAGAUCCUUAAAAGGCAAACUCAUGAACAGUAAGAAACUGUCCUCCACUGACUGUUUCAAAACUGAGGCCUUCACAUCCCCCGAGACCCUGUCUCCUGGGGGUAUGGCCCUGGCCCCUAAGAAGAGAAGCCGGAAAGGCAGGGCUGGAGCCCUGGGACUCCCGAAAGGCCCCCUGGAGAAGCGGCCCCAUCUAGGCUCAGCUCUGCUCCUGACUCCCCGAGACAGGGCUGGCGGCACACAGGGGGUCGGUGAGGAUAGUUCUGGUGGAGGCAGCAAAAAGCCAAAGACGGAGGAACUGGGUCUGACCUCCCAGCCCCCUGAGGGUCAGCCCUGCCAGCCCCAGACAAGGGCGCAGAAGCAACAGGGUCACACCAACUAUAGCAGCUACUCCAAGCGGAAGCGCCUCACUCGGGGCCGGGCCAAGAACGCCUCCUCCUCACCCUGUAAAGGGCGUGCCAAGCGGCGGAGGCAGCAGCAAGUGCUGCCCCUAGAUCCCGCAGAGCCUGAAAUCCGCCUCAAGUACAUUUCCUCAUGCAAGCGGCUGCGGGCAGACAGCCGCACCCCUGCCUUCUCACCCUUUGUGAGGGUGGAAAAGCGAGAUGCGUUCACCACCGUAUGCACUGUUGUCAACUCCCCUGGGGAUGAGCCCAAGCCCCACAGGAAGCCUUCCUCCUCCACUUCCUCGUCCUCGUCCUCGUCCUCCUCCUCUCUGGAUGCGGCUGGGGCCUCCCUGGCCACGCUCCCUGGAGGCUCUGUCCUGCAGCCGCGGCCCUCCCUGCCCCUCUCCUCCACCAUGCAUCUGGGGCCCGUGGUUUCCAAGGCCCUGAGUACCUCUUGCCUUGUUUGCUGCCUCUGCCAAAACCCGGCCAACUUCAAGGACCUUGGGGACCUCUGUGGGCCCUACUACCCUGAACACUGCCUCCCCAAAAAGAAGCCAAAACUCAAGGAGAAGGUGCGGCUGGAGGGCACCUGUGAGGAGGCCGCCCUGCCCCUCGAAAGAACACUCAAAGGUCUUGAGUGCACGGCUGCUGCCCCUGGGAAGCCUCCCCGGCCUGAUGGCCCGGCCGACCCAGCCAAGCAGGGUUCGCUGCGCACCAGUGCCCGGGGCCUUUCCCGGAGGCUACAGAGUUGCUACUGCUGUGAUGGUCGGGGGGACGGUGGUGAGGAGGUGGCCCCAGCUGACAAAAGCCGCAAGCAUGAAUGCAGCAAGGAGGCACCGGUGGAGCCUGGCGGGGACACCCAGGAACACUGGGUGCAUGAGGCCUGUGCUGUGUGGACAGGCGGGGUCUACCUGGUGGCCGGGAAGCUCUUUGGGCUGCAGGAGGCCAUGAAAGUGGCCAUGGACAUGACGUGUGCCAGCUGCCAAGAAGUUGGGGCCACCAUUGGGUGCUGCCACAAAGGAUGCAUCCACACCUACCAUUACCCGUGUGCCAUCGAUGCGGGUAAGAACCAGCUCAAGGGGACAGGAAGGCCCAGAGGCUCAUCUGAGCAAUCCAGGGGGACCUUGGGCACCGCUCUUCAAACCCUGACCCAUUUGACCCUUCAGCUUCCUACCUCUCCUGCCCCAGCAAUUCUUUAUCUCUCCAUAUCUCUCUCCAUUGGGACCUACGCUGAGCAAUUAUCAUGGAGCCUAGUGAGUCCCCAGUUAUGCACUGGAGGGAUGCGCAGAGGCACACAUUAUAAUACCUCAGAGCUAGGGGGUGGGUAGGAUCUUGAACCUCAAAGAGGAAGAGGUACUGGGGCUGGGGCUUUGGAGACUGAAUAGGAGUUCACUGGGCAGAGAAAAUGGGAAAGGAUAUCCUUCAGUAACAAAAACCAAAUGAGGUGGGAGUUGAUGAGGUUCAAGAUGGACUGAUGCCCACUUGUCUUCUACUGGCUACAGGGAAGAGCUGUAGAAAGUUCUGAGCAGGGCCCUGAGGUCUAGAGACAGGACCGUAUUCCCCCUGCGUUCUCUCUCCCCCAUUCCCUGCUCUCACUCGCUCAUUCUUUUGUUUCAUAGACUUUCAUUGAGCACCUACUAACACGAAGCACUCAGCAUGGCAAAUUGCAUGGACCAGAGAGAUAGGGAGCCCCAAACUUCAUCAAUUAAGUAUGGAAACUGAGAUUCAGAGACGUCCCUUAUUCCAACCAAAGGAAGAUAUCACUAAUGGUGGCAUUUUAGUCACCGAAGACAAUAUUUUAGGAGGAUUUAGAGACAGUUUUGGCCUGAAUUCAAACCCUGGUGGUAUUCUUAAUAUGUCAUCCUGGGAAAAUCCACUGAUGUUCUCUGCAUUUGAUUUUCCCAUCUGUAAAAUGGGGGUGAUAAUCUUUGCUUUUCAGAGCAGGGAGUGAAAUAAUAAACACUGCCCAUGAAAUGCAGCCUCAGCCCUAUUUGAAAGACAAGCCCCCAUGUUCUCUAUCUACCUCCCUCUGCCCAUUAUCCUUGACCCCUCCCUCUCUCCGUCCCUCCCCUUACCUGGAAAAGGAGUGAAGUUCUGAUCCUGCCUCAGACCACAAAGCAGACACAUCUUCCAUCAGGACCCUCCCAUUGCCUGGGGACCAACUGCCCCCUCCCCACUAAUGCCUGCUGGCCCUGUCCCGGGCAGAAAGGACCACUCCUAAUGCCCUGGUCUGGAGCCAGCAUCAGGCCCAACCACGCUGCCCCCAGGAGAACAUACAGGGCGCUGAGUGAUGACAGUUCCUUGGCGAAGGCUGAGGUGCUGGCACCCUGCAAGGAGGGGCUGGCUGGAGCAGGAUUUGGGGGAUCUCACUGGCUCCACCCUCCCACUGUGGGAGCCGUGUGAACUAGAUUUUAAUGUGGACUCAGCCACUUGAGCAGACACAUGGCCUUACUCCCAGUAAUAGCUACCACGAGUUGCAUCCCUCCUUCUACAGUGAUUAAUUUAGCACCCACUCUGUGCCAGGCCCGGCGUCACGCCCCUGCACUGUCUCCAAUUGCAUCUUUACAGAUAGGCUGCCUCACCCAUGGCCACACUGCAUGGCAUGAACAGACCCAGGGCGGCACUCCCUGUCUGUCUUGCUCUGCGUCCUGUGUUCUUUCUCCUACCUCAGUACUGUCCAGCCCCUUGGUGGGCUCGCAUUUGAGUGGGACAGACAGGAAAACCAUCAUCCCUGCCUAAAGUUACGGAGACCAGACAAAGAGGAGAGAGUGGGUGCUGUGGGUGAGUCAUCCUGUCUGACCGAGAGGGAAUCCAGGAGAACUUCCAAGAGGAGGUGAUAUUUGAGCCAGGCCUUGAAAGGUCGGGAAGGUGGGCAGCAGCUGGCUAGUAUUGGGACAAAUAUACCAGGCUUGGAGUAAUAGAAAUUUUGUUUCAAGUGAAAUGUUUGAAGGAGUACCCAUAUAAUAGGGAUCUCUGCAGAACCCUGGGGACGGUGGCAGGAAGGGGGCCUACAGGCUGCAUUUAUUUCUGAUGAGGGUGUGGCCAAUGGCAGCCUCCACUGAUCUCUGUGGGCUUGGCUGGCCUCUGCUGAGCUCACCGAGGCAGUGAUGAUCAGUUAUUGGGUCAGCUGAAGCAGGACGACUUGGGGAUCUUAGGCAGGCCAGCUCCCCUCUGUUCCAUGGAUCUCACCCUCCAGCACCACAAUCUCUUUUGCCACAUUCUGCAGGCCAAAGCAAGUGCCAGAUCCAGUCCAGAUUCACAAGGUGGGAUGGGCACCCACCUCUCCUCUGGGAGGCACUCCAAAUCAUACUGCAAAGGACAAGACUAGGGUCAGGCCUUGGGACUGUGUUGGCAAUCUGCCCACUACACGCACCAGCUUGGACUGGCUGUGCUUUUAAUCUAGAGGGGAGCUGUUCCACUGAGCCCAGGACAGAGACUCACCAACUAUCAACUUUUAGGGGUCAUCAGAAUCCUGGGGGGAUAGUGUAGCAGGAAGCAGUUACCACCACUUGUCAGUGGAAGAGGAAGAGGGGGUGGACCCCCGCAUACCUGAAGAACAGCCCGAAAAGGUGGGAAAAAGAGAGCCUGACAGUCAGAGGGUAAGGGAGGACCCUACAUCCCUGGCCUUUGUCAGCCAGGAGGGGCUGGGAGCGAGCAGGAACAGAGGGCCUGAGCCCUGGGGACUUUGUCAGCCCUGCACCUCUCCGACUCCCUGGGCUGCUAAGUGCAGGCGGGGCAGCGCACUCCAGGUGUCCGGUUCAGGCUCUCAGAUCACAGGGCGUCAGCGCUGCCUGCCUCUGCCCUUCUGGCUGCCCUGACCCAAAACCCUGCCCCUCCCCCCCCACACUAUUAGGAAGCACCAUGUUGGAGCUAAGCCAUGACUUGGAAUUGCUGACAGGGUCCUUGUCAGAUAAGUCCCAGGUUCCCCAAGUGCAGAUACCAUGAAAAGGGCCAGAAAUUGAUGAUCUGGCUCUUCCGGAUGGGUUCCCUGUGGCGCGCAUGCUGGGGGGUGCAGGGCAAUCUGGUUUGGGAAGCAGCAUCCUCCUACCCUUCACUUCCUGGUGCCCGAGCCCUGGACUAUAGGGCAU